AUGUCCACAGGUCAGGUUACCAAACACAAGGGAGUCUUCGACAUACCGAAUGCCAACUGCCGGAACGAACUGUUGCGCAGCUACUUCCUAUUCAGCUAUCCUUUGUUGCCUCUACUGGAUAUUGGAGACUUCUUGCGUCCGAUGAUCGAAGAUGAUACGGGGGACAAGGUUAGCUUAGUGCUCUUCCAUGCUGUCAUGUGUUCUGGAGCUGCACAUGUCGACAUGCAAGUCUUGAGAGACUUGGGCUUCAAGUCGAGGAAGCUCGCCAGGAGCUCAUUCUUCGAAAGAGCACGUUUGCUGUAUGAUCUCGACUGCGAAAGGGACCGCGUUGCUCUUGUGCAAGCCUUCCUGCUGAUGACAUACUGGUAUGAUCCCCGAGAAACGCAUAAAGAUCGAAAGUUUUGGAUCCGCUCCGCCGUGACCCUUGCCCAGGACCUAGGCCUGGACCUGCAUCUCGAAUCUUGUGUCACAAAGCGACAUCGAAUGCUCAAGAGGUUGUGGUGGUGUUGUUUCAUGCGCGAUCAAUUCGUUGCGCUCAUGACUUGGACUCCGCCACAACUGGGGGCGUGGCAUCGCCAUCUACCCAUGCUUGAAGCCGACGAUUUCGAGAUGCUGGAUUUAUCUCCGGCGGUGGCCCGUAUGCUCAGAACGUGGGCUUUCGUCGAUGACCAGGGGAGCAGGGUUGAUCUCGCAACGCUCUGCAUCGAAAAGGCAAAACUCUGCGUGUGCAUAAAUGAGAUCCUGCAAGCACGGUAUUCGAGUCGCCGGUACGAAUCAGAAAGCAAGAUGAUGACGAUUCUUGUCCCACGCCAUUCUUGCGCCAAUACGUUUGAGAUCUUGGAGCUCGACCGGCAACUGCAAGAAUGGUAUCGUGGUCUGUCCGGCUCCGGAAGAUUCGACCUGCGCGACCCCGCGGAUUCUGCAUUCAUCAAGACCUCCAAUGUCAUCGCCAUGCAUCGAGCACACCUGAAACUGCUCUUCCUCUCGGCGAUGAUUGCGCUUCACAGACCCCAGAUCUCAGAAGCGGCCAACGGCCUACCGCCUACGUACCGACAGCUGUCGCAGACGAAACUACGUGACGCGGCAGAAGAGGUGGCCCACGUUGCCAUAUCGAUCAAGAACCUCGAGAUGGGAACGCAUAUGACUCCCCGGGGAGUCACCCUGCUGCUUCCAAUCAUGCUGGUCCAUCUUCAAGACGUCAUGCCGGAAACACAAAAACCGCAGAGAAGCAGGUUGGAAAAGUAUUACGACUGUAUGCACAUUCUGGACUCGAUCGGAGCCGACGGAGCCUCUGAGGAUUUGCUGCCCUCGAGACUCGAGGCUGCGUUUCUGAAGUUCAAUAUCUUGCCCUCGGCCGAGCACUCGAUUCCCGCUUCUCUCAGUGUCAGGCCGAAUGUUGACGUUUUGCCGUUGUCACGGACAAGCCUGUUUUCAUGCUUGUCACAACUCGGUGUCAUGACUUCGUCCGAGGUCGACCUACUGUCUGAUAUGAGCCUGCCUCGUGCGUGCGUGUUGGAUGAAUCGGAAUGUGAUCGUUUUCACCAUCUAAGGUCUUCUAGCUCCAUCUCCCUGUCAGGACGGAUAGCAACUGGCCAGCCGGAAACGGAGCUACACUUGCCCUCGGCCUCAUCUUGCAGAGCACCGAUGAGCCUCCCAUCUACGAAAGUCCUAGAUAUCCAGAGAACGGUGGAUCCCAGACAGGUCUAUGCUACCCCGACUCCAGCGAAUCUGUGCAGGCCGACGCAACCAAUUGGACCACCCAGCUUUCUCUCCCAUCCUGGAGAGGAAGACACCAUAAUAGAAUGCUUCUUCACUUGGAAGAUCGAGAGGACAAAGAUUCCUGUACAGAGACAGCUCGUUGAAAGAGCGUACGAAGUCGUCUUGACUCAGAUGUGGACUUUGGAUGAUUUGAGGGCCAUGGAAAAUGUCAAGUCUGACCUCUACAGACUGGCGAUGCGACAUGGCAUACCAGAUGGUCUAGCGAGGGCUUUUCGCCGGGACUUUGACGUGUUUAUGUCUCAGAGGUAA